AAAUCUUUUUUUUUUCCACCGAUCUUGUGGACGUCUGGAAAGAAAAUUGCGAAGAUGGAUGUGAAGGCGAACUACUGCGGCUUUUUCGAAGGGACCGAGAAACUGCUGGAAGUGUGGUUCGGACGGAGGAACGAGACUUGCGGCUCUGCGAGUUGCGACUUGCGGGCCAUCCCUCGGUCCAAAUGGGAGAAGAUUCUGAAGCUCGUGAAAUGCGAGAUCAUCAGCUACAAGAAGAAUGAUCACAUCGACGCUUAUGUUCUGAGCGAGAGCAGCCUGUUUGUCUCCAAGAACCGAGUGAUCCUGAAGACCUGUGGAUCCACCACGCUCCUUCAGGCGGUCAAGCCACUCAUCUACAUCGUCCAGGAUUUCACGGACUUUGACAUCGUCCUGGACAUCUUCUAUUCGAGGAAGAACUUCAUUCGGCCAGAGCUCCAGAACAAGCCCCACACCAGUUUCGAAGACGAGACUGAAGUAUUGGAUGAACUCUUUGAUGGUUCUGCGUAUUGCCUCGGCCGUAUGAACAGAGAUUGUUGGUACCUUUACACCAUGAACCCUCUGGAAGAUUUCAUCGGGGUCCAGGUUCCAGACCAGACUCUGGAAGUCCUGAUGCAGGAGCUGGAUCGGAACGUUAUGAAGAUCUUCACUCGAGAGGUUUGUUCCAGCGCCAAGGAGGCAACCCAGAAGUCCGGGAUAGAUCGCCUGUUCCCGGGAAUACUGAUCGACGACUACCUGUUCGAGCCCUGCGGAUACUCCAUGAACGGGCUCAUCAAGGGGGGCUACUAUGUGACGAUUCACAUCACCCCUGAGCCCCAGUACUCCUAUGUCAGCUUCGAGACCAACUACCCACAGGAAUCUUACUUGGACCUGGUGGCCAAACUGCUGAAAGUGUUUUGUCCCGGCAAGUUCAUAAUGACUCUGUUCGCUAACAAGCUCUCGGUGGCUUCCAACGGACACAUGCUCUACCGUGGCUGCGAAUUCCGUGGCUUCAGGCGCAAGGAGCUCCAGUUCUCGCACUUCAAGAACUACGACCUGGCCUACGCGCUCUUCGCCAAGGCGCCCAGUUGA